AUGCCACGACGAGAGAUUUGCGUUACCUCCCCGGAGGUUGCCAUGCAUGGCGAGAUCAACAUCCACGCCCGAGUGGCAGUUGUAACCAAGGCCAAGCUCGACGAUAUUAGAAUCGGCGGUGAGUGCCUCUGCGGACCUGCUCCACAACCCAAGCCUGAGUACGACGUCCUCGUCCUCAUCGACGGUUCCGACUCCUACAACAACAAGGUCUCCAUCAACGGUGAGAUCGAUGCCGGAGAUGCGUUUGAAGCCACCCAGGAGAUCAUCGACUCCGACCUCAUCCCCGGCCUCCAGCAGAAGCUUGGUGACCGAGCAACCUUCCGACUCCUCCAAUUCUCCGGAAUCAAGCAGCUCGAGGGUGCCUACAAGCCAGGCAGCGGCGGCGCUGCAGGUACUUCCGGACUUCUCCACUACAAAGAAGAAGUUGCCAAGACUUCUCUCGACCGCGCUACCCGACAAUCCUACUCCGAAGGUCUUGACGGAAACGGCCAGCUCUUCCUUGUUCUCCAGGAUCUUAACUUGGAAUACCAAAAGACCAGCAGAAACCAAAUCCUUGUCAUCGUCUCCGAUGAAGAGUGGGAUCUUAAGAAGCUCCAGACUCCAUCUGGCCGAGUUGCUGACCGAGACGAGAUCGCCACCGAGACCGCCUCCAAAUUCGCUACCUACCCCGUCAUUGUCCGACCCAACGAGCUUGCCGAUCUCGAUGACGACUUCAUCGCUAACACUCUCGCUUCUCGACAAAGCAACUACAAGAAGGUCUUCACCAAGAGCUUUGACAAGCAGCUCAAGAAGGCUUUCAAAGAAAUCAUCGCUGACCUCGAGUAA